AAUAGCAACAGAGAAGUGGUUAGUCAAAGGCGGUCACACACUCGCUCUUGAACCGGAGCAAAAGUUUAGAGCGAAAGAAACGAUGGCUUUAUUCGGCGCAGCAAAAACCUUCUCUAUGCCCGCGGUCGACCUCGGCGGACUUCGCGGUCGUUCUCCGAUAGGCUUCACCGCAGGCUGUAUAUCACUUGCCGGUGUGAGCUUACGCCGGUUGCCGUCGUCGCUGUCUAAACCCUUCGCCUCCCUUGGCAUUCACGCUCAUACCAGUGCAAAGGAGGUUGUUCAAACAGAAAAGGCUCCGGCCGCAUUGGGUCCAUACUCUCAAGCAAUCAAAGCAAAUAAUCUUCUUUUUGUAUCUGGAGUUCUUGGGCUUGUUCCAGAGACUGGGAAGUUUGUUUCGGACAGUGUGGAAGAUCAAACAGAGCAGGCAUGUACACAGGUUCUCAAGAACAUGGGAGAGAUACUUAAAGCAGGCGGUGUUAGCUACUCGAAUGUUGUAAAGACUACAAUCUUGCUGGCUGAUCUGAAAGACUUCAAGGCAGUGAAUGAGAUCUAUGCCAAGUAUUUCCCGGCACCAGCACCAGCGCGGGCGACAUAUCAGGUUGCUGCAUUGCCGAUGGAUGCCAGGAUUGAAAUUGAAUGUGUCGCGGCUUUAUUAUAAGCACACAUUAAUGUGACAGCUUUUGUCCUAUUUCAGGAUCACAGGGAGCUAGCUUAUACAUUGAUAAUUUAUGAUGACUGGGUAACAUAAUAAAGGAAAUUUAAAAUACUUCAUCCAUUUUUCUAUAAAGGCCUUAUCUGUAUGCAUUUGUAGUUCAAUGUGACUAUCUUUGAUGAUUAUUAAUAUUGUUACAUAAAGAUCAAUUUUGCUUCAUCUGGAAAGCUAUAGCUUAGUGCAACUGAGAGUGAAUUUUCCUUGAUUUAUUGGGGCAUUAUUAUUAUUAUUAUUAUUAUUAUUAUUA